AUGCUUUUAAACGAUUUUCAACUAAAUGCUGAUGAUAUGAGUAAUAAAGCUAAGCAACGAUUUCCUUUUUAUAUGGACAUACAAAACAAUCUGAGUUUCUUUGGUGAUACUGCUCUGAUAAAUGAAAGACUUACUUCAGGUGGACGACAUAUCUUAUGUUCUCAAAUCAUUCGUAGUUAUGAAGUUGUCAAAAGUGUUCUUAACUAUCUGACAACGACACCACUUCAAUCGAAAGAAAAAAUCACUAAUGUACCAAUGAUUGUUAUAUGUGGUCUACCUCGCACGGGAACAACACUUUUGUACAAUUUAAUGGCUUGUGACCCAGCCUGUCGAGCUCCUCUUGUAAGCGAUAUGACAAUAAGUCCGAUUCCACCUAUCUCACGCUCAAAUGUCGACGAACACAAACGACGAAUGGCAGCUGAAAGAGACCGUUUGAUACAAGUCUUUGAAGCAGCUGGAAGUGACUUUGAACGGUAUUCCAAAGUGUUUUGUUCAUCACAUCCAUUGUUUCCUAGAGAAGAGGAUACAGCACUGCUAGGCGGCAACUUAGAUAUCAAAAUUGCUCUUUAUAAUCUUGUUCCGAAACAUAAGAGUCUUGUCACACGUUUUAUGGACAAUCAAAACAGUAACUAUAUGUAUGAUUAUCAUCAAACUGUGCUACAGAUGUUACAUGAUGUGGAUCCACCUCAUACAAAUUGGUUAUUGAAAUCUCCAUUCCAUACAUUUUGGUUAAAUACAUUACUGAAAUACUAUCCAAAAGCAUCGUUGAUUAUGGCACAUCGUCGUCUCGACGAAGUAUUACCACCGGCUUGUCGUCUUGCUCUUGCUAUGUGUCAUGUAUAUUUGGAAGAGAACGAUUCAGUCAGUUCUAAAAAAAUAAUUGAAGAGACCAAGGCUAUUAUGAAGAUCUGGAUACAGCGUUUGAUCGAGUUUCGUAUGCAGCAUCCACCGUCAGAAAAUGUUUGUGACAUUCAAUAUGAAGAUCUAAUGAAAGAUCCCAUCGGUACUGUACAUCGUAUCUACGAUCAUUUUCAUUAUCUACAGUGGUCUGAUGCAUUUGAAAAAGCAAUGCGUGCAUGGCUGACAGACAAUCCUCAAGGAAAACAAGGUAGAAACUUUCAUUCACUAGCCGAAUUCGGUUUCAAGGAGAACGAAAGCAACGAACUGUAUGAGAAAUACGAGAAUAUGUUUCUCACAAGCUGA